AUGCCAUCAUCAUCGUCAUCAUCAUCAGGAGUAAAGGUGCGCGAUUUGAUCGCAGAAUGUUUAGCUGAAGCUGCAUGGGAUGCAGAAGAGAAUCAACACAAAGCUCUGCAGAAUUUGGUUGCCAUCACCAAAGUGAGUCCUCAGAAUCGCAAUUUGGUUGCUCAAGCAGAAGGGGCGAUACCCCGACUUCUAGGCCUGUCCAAGUCCUCCUCGUCCUCCAUCACGGUCCGGGUCCUGGCGCUCUCCACGCUCUUCAACCUCUCCCUGAACCCCAACCUGAAGAAGUCUCUAGCAGAUAUGGAGUCCAUCACAUUCCUCAACUCCCUCAUCCUCUCACAGGUCUCUGAAGAGAGCUGCAAAAUUGCAGCAUCUGUGGUGUGCAGCCUGGCAAUGCUGGACAAGAACAAGGCUAAGUUUGGCGUGGCAGGGAGCAUUGAGGCACUGACAGAGGCGAUCUCGAGGCCUCGUUGCCAGGCUUCCCACCACCUCCUCAGCUCCCUGGCAGAGCUAGUCCAGUUCCAGGGAAACUGCACAGUGGCUGUGAGAUCAGGAGCCAUCCCAGUCCUGCUUAAGCUAGUCGAAAGCGCUGACAACGAGGAUCUCUCGGGGACUUCUCUGGCAAUACUGUCCCUUCUCGCCAGGUUCGACGAAGGGCUGGGGACUCUCAAGAAGACAGACAAGAUUGUUGCCUCAAUGUUGGAGAUUUUGAAGGGGAGGUGCAUGCUUAGCAAGGAGGGAGCUGCAGAGAUUCUUGUGAGGCUUUUUGAUGAAAGUGAAGGGUGUAUCAGGGAUGCUUUGAGGCUGCCAGAAUUCUCUUUUGUGUUAGCUGAUCUUUCAGUUAGAGGAUCAGGAAGAACAAGAGAGAAAGCAAGCUUGUUGAUGAAGAAGUUGAUGGAAGCUAACCAGAAUGAUGCUUAUCCUGAUGAUGAUGUGUACUUCCAAUGGUAG